AUGGCAUUAUCAUCUUCGCACGAGCAACAGGUAGAUGAGUUUAUUUCAAGCAAUGAGAUGGGAAGAGAGAUUGAAUCUAGUCUUUCUAACAUGCUUAAACAGUUAAAUGGAUUAGAAAGAGAUUUAAAUCGAAAACUUGAUGAUGUGGGUUCGAGCAUGGACAAGCUCGAAAGAACAUUAAUUAGAGAAGCCGAAGAAACAGAACGUGCUAAAAAUUCUACAAUCAAAUUAAAUGAACUGAAGAAGACCGAGCAGCACAAGAACGAGGAUAAACAAAAUGGGGACAUCAAAACACAAGCAUCUACAAAUGGAAAUAUAGUUGAGGAUAGGAAAGUUGAAAUUUUAUCAGAGGAUACCAGCGAACGCGAGCCUCUCAAUGGCUCAACAAAAUUGUUUGAAACAGCAGUAGAUAUUGCCCUUAACGAUCCUCAAUUUGCAGAAUUUAAACAAAUUAUUGAUAAAUUCCACACGGAAGAAGCUGGAGAAACUGUUGACAACAGCGGAGAUAUAUUUUAUAGUGAUGAUGAAGGUGCAGGGAGUGGAAGUGAGAAUAAUCAAGAUUCCCAUGAUGGACAAAAACUAAGCAAAAAGAAGUUAAAGGUCAUGUCUAAAAUGCCACUGGUAGAGUUGAAAUCAAUUGCGCCAAAACCAGAGCUAGUGGAAUGGUUUGAUGCAGACGCCCCUGAUCCUAUACUUGUUGUUGAAAUCAAAGCACAGCGUGGUGCUGUACCUGUUCCAGAUCAUUGGCAGGCUAAGCGGGAAUAUUUAUCCACUAAAAGAGGAAUCAAAAAGGCACCAUUUGAUCUGCCAAACUAUAUUAAAGAUACUGGCAUUAUGGAAAUGAGAAACGCUUUGAAAGAAGAUGAACAAACUUUACGACAAAAAACACGAGAAAGAGUUCAACCUAAAAUGGGAAAGCUUGAUAUUGAUUAUGUCAAACUGCACAAUGCAUUUUUCAAAUUUCAAACCAAACCUAGACUGUAUCGGUUUGGAGAAUUAUAUUAUGAAGGAAAAGAAGCAGAAAUAAAUAUGGAUAGCUUUAGACCUGGAAAGCUUUCUGCUAGACUUACUGAGGCACUAAGUAUUCCAUUGAAUGCACCUCCUCCAUGGCUAUUAAAUAUGCAAAGAUAUGGUCCGCCGCCGAGUUACCCUGGUCUUAAAAUACCAGGAUUAAACGCACCAAUUCCACCAGGUGCUCAAUGGGGAUUUCAGCCAGGUGGAUACGGAAGACCCCCACUUGAUGAAAAUGGAAAGCCACUAUAUGGCGAUGUUUAUGGUAUUACUCAGGCUGCUGAAAAAGUCAAUCUCGGGAAUCCAAUUGAACGUACACCGUGGGGUCAAUUUUUCCAAGACGAAUCUGAGGAUGAAUCCGAUAAUGGAGAAGAGCUUGAAGGAGAAGAAGAAGAGGAAAUUGGAGAGCCUGAUUUUGAUGAAGAAGGUCCAGAGUAUGCUGAAGAAGGUCCGGUUGAUAUUGAGCCUAAAACAGUUGAAUCUGCUGAGUUUGAGCUACGUAAGAAUAUCAUAAAAGAACAAGAGCAAUUUGAAAAGCCACGAGAGCUAUUCCAGGUUCUCAAAGAAAGAACUUCGGAAAAAUCAGGGUUUAUGGGCCACCAAAAAGUUUACGAAAUUCCACCCUCUGGUACAAGAAAUGUGAGUCAUUUGUUUGAUAAUGAGAAUGCUUCUAACAUUAAUAAGGUUGAUACUGUACAGAAUGAUUCAUCCGUUAAUUACUCUUCAAAGGAAGAAGAAAUUAAGCAACGAAGUUCAAAGUUUCAAGAUGAUUUAGAUGAAUUGCUUGAAGGCGAAUCACGAAAAAGAUUACAGCGUGAACAAGUUCAGAAAAGUGGUAAAAGAUCUAGAAGAUAA